UAAUCCUCACAAACGCCAUUUCCUCUCUUCUUCGCUUCACUCCCUCUCUUGUCUCGUUCCUCUCCCAAGUUUCUAACUUUUUCACACAUUCUCAAUCCUCUCUCCAAUUCCUAAGUGGGUCCCAACCCAAUUCGGAUUUCGUUUCUGGGUUUCCCCAAUUCGAAGCUCUGCACUUUCCCCUUUGAAGUGGAAUUUUUUUUCGUUCCUGUGAAGUUCCAUUCCAUAUUCUGGGAAUGGGUCUAUAAAACAAGCUUCCAAAUUGGAGAGAAAGUCCCAAACUUUUCGGUUCAAUUUUGAGUUUUCGCAAUUGGGUCUGUGAUCUUCUUGUGUGGGUGAGCAAGGUUUGAAAAAACUUUCUGUGAUCGUGAUUUUGGCCCCAACUUCAAUUGUGGCUGCAUCCGCUGUAAUUUGUUCACAAUUUUCCGCAAUAUCAAAGGAUCGUGACGACGAAACCACAACUGCAACCGCAAUUUAAACCUUGUGUGAGAAUGCGUGCUACAGCAGAAUUUCAAGGUUCUGUUCUGAAUCUUCGUGGGGUUCAGGUUCACUCCAUGGAGGGUUCAAGCAUGGAGCAAGAGCUUGAUUUGUUUCAGAAGCAUGUCACGGAGCGAUUCCUGGAGUUAUCUUCUGUUGAAAGUGGUGAAUUGCUCUCUCUUUCAUGGGUUAGGAAGCUGCUAGAUUCGUUCCUGUGUUGCCAAGAGGAGUUCAGGGUGAUUCUCCACAACCACAGGGAUCAGGUGAUGAAGCACCCUCCCUUGGAUCGCAUGGUGGGCGAGUUUUUCGAGCGUAGCGUGAAGGCACUUGAUGUGUGCAAUGCAAUCCGUGAUGGAAUUGAGCAGAUUAGGCAGUGGCAGAAGCUGUUGGAGAUUGUUCUCUGUGCUUUGGAUCACAAGAGGAGCAUUGGUGAGGGCCAAUUUCGCCGUGCCAAGAAGGCCCUUGUCGAUUUGGCCAUUGGGAUGCUUGAUGAUAAGGACUCUAGCUCCAGUGGCUCUAUAGCACAUAGGAACAGGUCAUUUGGUAGAAAUAAUGCUUCAAAGGAUCAUCACCACAAUAAUUCCUUUGGUCAUUUUAGAUCACUUUCUUGGAGUGUGUCAAGGAAUUGGUCUGCUGCUAGGCAGCUUCAAGCACUUGGGAACAACUUGUCCCCUCCCAAGGCCACUGAUAUUGUUGCCACCAAUGGCCUUGCAUUGCCUAUUUUUACAAUGAGUUAUGUUAUGGUGUUUGUGAUGUGGGCACUUGUGGCGGCGAUUCCCUGCCAGGACCGCGGGCUGGGGCUCCAUUUCUCGGUGCCAAAGCAGUUCUCGUGGGCGGCUCCGGUGGUGGCGCUGCACGAGCGGAUCAUGGAGGAGUCGAAGAAGAGGGAGAGGAAGAACACCUGUGGCUUGCUGAAGGAGAUUCACCAGAUUGAGAAGUGUGCUAGGGUGAUCAAUGAUUUGGCUGAUUCUGUGCAGUUUCCUUUGAGUGAGGAGAAGGGAGAAGAGGUCAGGCAGAGAGUGCAAGAUGUUUCGAAGGUUUGUGAAGCCUUGAAAGAUGGAUUGGACCCUCUAGAACGCCAAGUGAGGGAGGUGUUCCAUAGAAUUGUGCGCAGCAGAACCGAGGGGCUUGAUUCUCAUGGUAGAGGGUAGCCUGUUGAUGCUUAACCUUGCCAUUUGAGAUCAAUUAACCUGAUUUUGCUUUCUUAGAUAAAUUUGUGAAUGACCAAAAGAUGACUAGGAGGAUAACCAAUGGGUGAUUUGAAUUGAGGAUCAUGAUAAUACUAUGGUAUAUAAAGGGGAGGAUUCUUGUACGUAUGAAGUAUGAAGCACAAAAAAAUGUAUAGAGUUUAGGAUAUUUGAAGUAGACCUUUGUGGUCUAUGUUUUCUUUUUCUCUUUUUUGUGUUGUGAUGUGGCUUAUUGUAUAAUCAGUUUUCUCAGUGUUUUGCUGCAUCCUCAUUGUAGUUGAUUCUGAUCGCGAGUAUGUGUAAUUCAAUACAUUUAUCUUACGCAGCUCUUGUACUUUCAAACUUGUCGUUGCUGCGAUUGCAGCCUUUGCCUUCAGAAUGCAAUCAUUGUGAC